AUGUUGAACACUACAGUAACCUUAACCCACACCUCUCCGGUGCCGGCAGGCCUUUCGCGCGAGGACGCCGUGGCCCUCAUCCACGACGCGGAGCACCAGAUCAAGUGCGACCCCAACAUGAUAGACUACACUAAGCGCUCGCCCGAGAUACCGCCCACCGUGCCAAAGGACAUUGAGCCCAUCGCCGCGACGCAGUGCUUCUCCGUCACCGAUAGCGUGCCCACGAUGCUGCCCAAGGCCAUCUGGGACCGCGACGCCGUCAGCGACUACGACUUCACCUUUACCAAGGACGGCAGCUUCGUUCGCACGAGCUGCCCGCUCAGCGUCCUGCUAGAGACGCGCUGGCGCGUAAAGGAUGCCGAGAGCGGGGACGGGUUGGAGCUGGAGGAGGUUGUUGAGAUUAGGUGCUCCCGUCUUCUGGCUGGUGUUAUCAAGUCGCAAUGUGAGAUGAAAUGGAAGGAUUUCCACAGGAAAAUUCUGCAAGGCAAGGAAUGA